AUGUCAGCUGUUGAAGACUCCCUAGCCUCUUUGAAGGCAGAUGUUGCCUCAUGGCUGCACCGGCUACAGCAUGGGUCGGACCCUCAAUCUCAAGACCCUGUGUUUGAGGGGAUGGUCAGAGACCUGCUGCAAUACGACGCAACGCUGCAGGCGUUGGAACGGGGGGUUCGAGUGUACAUGGAGGGAGUUGAGGGUUUGUGUCAGGGUUUAGAACAGCUCAGUGAGGCGGCGGUAUUGGGUUUAACCAAGAGGAGUGACAGCUGUAUUUGCAGAGACGUUUGCCGCUACAGAGAGUCCAUUCACCGCAUCAGCAGGGCUGACGCUCCCCAUGCUGCUCUGUCUCGUCUAAAAAGAGAUUUGGCGUUUAAUGUUCUGGAGCCGCUCAGAAAGCACAGAGAACACAACAAGCAGCUCAAGCAGCAGUUCCAACUGAGACGAAGAAGGCUCGCCGAGCUCAUCAUCGCAAAGCGGCAUCUGGAACGGAUACACCAGCAGCACCUAGACAAGGAACAGCCGCAUCACGCAGAGGCGGAGCGAUGCUCUGGAAACGGUGCGGAUGGAGAGGAUUGCGCAGAGGAACAAGGGUUGAUGGAUGGAAUCAUCCGGGGGAACCGCGUGGUCGGAGUUCCUCCCAAGGGGAGUUGCGUUCCUCAGUCUUCUUCUCUCGGCGUUUCAGCUUCUCUGUCUCGCGCAUUGCAGGACCAUCAGCGGAGCGGCUGUUAUGAUGGAGCGACCGCUGCGGCGGCAGAGGCCGCAGCAUCGGCGUACACCAGCUUCAAGCAAGUUGAUGACGUUUUGUUUGAGUGGCUCCAAGUGCUUGAGUGCUACAGAUGCGACAUAUUUGACUCUCUUCUGCAGACUCUCAAGUACCUACAGUACGAGUUUUUCGCAGGGGCUGCCCAUGCCGUAAAUUCAGUCCUCCCAAAGAGGAUGGAAUUCCGGCCGAUGGUGGAAAUGACACCCCAACAGCUUCUACCUUUGGUGGAGUUGGAGUUAGAGGCUCGCGCCAAUAGUCCUCCUGUAGACCCCUCUUCCUUUUCCUUCGGCUCCGGAGGUGGUGUAUCGGCGACAGAGAGGCUCCUAGAUAGAUGGGAGCGAGAGGCAGCUGCGGAUGCUGCUGCAGUUGCGCCUGCAUCAUCGUCGGCGCCAACAGGGUCCUCACCUACACAUCUACCAGCAGUAGAAACGGCGGCAGCAGAUGUCGACAUAUUGUCUUUGGCGGUUUUGACUGGCCAGGGGUUUGGGGAGAAAGAAUCCCGAUUGGCACUCUUGCGUUUUGGGAAUGACACACAAGCAGCACUUGAGUGGCUGCUAGACGGGGGUGCAAGCCUACUGCUGGAGCAAGCGGCCCCGCAGGAGCGAAAGCAGGAGCAGCAGCAAGGAUCCGACAAUUCGAAUUCUUCAUUGGUAGCGGGAUCAGGAUCGGGAGGUGCUGCGGCAACGACGGCAGCCGUGGCAGCAGCAGCAAUGGCAGCAAGCGGUGAGCUGGACGAAGUGCGCCUCCCGACAACACUCAAGUGGGUGCAGAAGCUGAAGGAGGCCAGAAGGAAGGAGAUCCUUGCUUGGAAGCAGCGAAGAGCCGAACGAGAUGCUGAGCGGGAAGUUGCCUCUGGUGAUGCAGGCGGUUCUGCUGCUGGUCCUAGCGGCAGUCGAAGGAGUAGCGGCGGUGCACAAGGCAGAGGUGGGGGAAGGAGGCCAGUGGCGAGGGAUGGAAAUAUAAGUGCUAAGGAGAGGCAUACCGUUAGAGGACGGAUGCAUUCAGGGCAUCACAUACCAGACCUUCAAAGGAGCACCACUGGAUCCCGUGCCCAGUGCGAAGCUGUAGAGUCGCAGGAAGACGCGAAGUGCGAUGCUCCUGCUCACAGCGGCGACUGCAACGGCAAAGGCAGUGACGAAUCCGCAUCAGGGGGCAUUUUCCCUUGUGCUGCAGCUCUUCCCGAGUCUUCAAUCACCGAAAGCUCAGAACCGAAGGGGCCUCCGGAGGUGCCAGAUGUGGACGAGAGAGCCACGAGGGUUGAGAGUUCCGGAGGAGUAGAUCUGCUGAGUUUGAGCCCUGAAGGGGCCCCCGUAGCAGCAGAAAAUACGGCUGCCGUGGGUGCCCCCGGCAUCAGUCUUUUGGAUUUGGAAGAGGAUGCAACAAGCUUUGGUUCCGACCUAAAGACGUUGCCGCUGCCUGGCUUGUUGGGGUCUUUCGAUGCGUCCAAGUGCGCGUGGAGCAGAGAGAAGGAAAACGAGAGGCUCGUGAAGGAGGAGACGCUGGCACUACGGCAGCGGCUGCAGCGUGAGGCGGAAGCAGAUCGCGAUCAAGGACAGCAGAAGCAACAGAAACAGAGUAUCCAGAUGCCAGCUUGUGCAAAAUUUACACUUUACUACUACCUCGAGUAA